AUGGCGACCGAUUUUGAGCUGACGACCGAAUUGCCAGGCUAUCCCAGCGUAGAUUUUACGUAUAGACUGGUAGCGGUUGUCCUUUGUGGUCUCAUCUGUUGUGUGGGUGUGUGUGGUAAUACAUUGGUCCUCGUCGCGAUCUCGGCCUCACGGAGGCUACAAUCCUAUAGCAACCGAUUCUUGGGCUUCCUAGCCAUAACGGAUCUCCUAACCUGCCUCCUCCUGCCUAUACAGAUUGCUGCUCUGUUAGAUGCUAAGUCGAAGUUCUUUCACCUGGCAUGCAGCGUUGCAGCAGUGAUGGGAUACGUUACGCUAGGAGCAAGUGCCUUCACGUUGGUCCUCAUUGCUUUUAAUCGCUACAUCUGCCUCACCCAAUCACUGGCCGUCAAAAAGAGGGUGUUUUCGCGUUGCAAGUCGACGGUGAUGGCUUCAUUUGGAGUCCUCUUUCCUCUCAUAACAACUUCGACAUUUGUGGUAAUCGGAAAAGCUAGAACGGGUCACCUCGGCAGUUUAUAUUGCACCAUCGCGGACGGGCCCUUACUGGAUAUGGUGGCUGGCUCAUUCCUACUCAGUUGUUUAGUUGUGACACUUAUCUUGUAUCUUCUUAUUGCAAAAGUGGUUCGGUCGCACUCCAGGAGGGUACUUCCACCGAAUCGGGCAUUUCAAGAAAGCGGUAAAAAGUCAGGUAUCCGGACGGGGACGACUUCGAACGAGGCCUGCAUUCUCGGUCAACAGGACAGACGUAGUCGUAGAAAUUAUGACUCCAGCAAAGCAGGCUCAAGCAACCAACCGGCAACGCUUUCGGCCACCCUGGGGAUGGCGUUGCGCAUUAGAGAGCCUGGCACCUCCAAUCCAGAUAAGAUUUUCGUUCCUGCGACAACACAACUGCCAAAUCGUAGCAUAACAACGAGAGAAUCAAUCUCUUGCACCCCUAGGUCUGUCAGUGUUUCGACUAUCCAAGCUAUAAGCACAAUCGUACAGGAUCAGGAGGGAACCACAAGAAGGCCCAACCAAGGGCGUCUUGUGCCACGCCCAAAACCGUACGUAGCACCUGAACCAUUGUUCAAACUUGAGACCGAGGUCGCGAAGAACAUGGUCCUGAUCGUCCUGGCUUUCAUAAUCGCAGUAGCCUUCACCUUAAUUUGCAUCCUCAUUCAUGUGCAUCCCAUCUAUGAUCUCUUUGCAUACGUUGUGCUCAGUGCAAACAGCAGUAUUAACCCUAUCAUAUAUGGCUGGAGGCAUCCGCUUCUGAAACGAACCUUCCUUCAUAUUUUGAGAUGGAGGUUGGAGGAAAUUGAUCAACCAACGAGAUGGGUCAGGAGACGUAUUUAUUGA